UUCUGGUCGUACGCACAGACGCGACACGGAUUGUGUCCGUGCGCGGGCCGCGAUUCCGUAACGCCGCGUACGCAAGUUAACCAGCAAAGCGCCGUGCACCGCGGCUCAGCCUGCGCACGUGACGUAGCGUCUCCAGUAAUGGCGUCCGUGUCUGAGAUGCGCUUGGCUUCGGAAAAAUGAAGCGUAGAAGAACUUAUUACUUAUCCUAAAGAAAACCCCGCAAAAAAAAAAAAUCAGGGUUUGCUUUCGUGAACUUUGCGUGCGAAGCCGUGUCAUCUCCACGGAGAGGGUUUGCGCUCUGAUAUUAACCGGGUCCAGACGUGCCGAGAUGAUGAAGCUGAAGUCGAACCAAACUCGCACCUAUGAUGGAGAAGGCUAUAAGAAGCGGGCCGCCUGCCUGUGCUUCAGGAGCGAAACUGAGGAGGAGGUGUUGCUGGUGAGUAGCAGCCGACAUCCUGAUAAGUGGAUUGUGCCAGGAGGAGGAAUGGAACCGGAGGAAGAGCCCAACGUUGCUGCUGUUCGAGAAGUGUGUGAAGAGGCUGGUGUCAAGGGCACUUUAGGAAGACUCGUAGGAAUAUUCGAGAACCAGGAUAGGAAACACAGGACGUAUGUGUAUGUUCUCAUUGUAAAAGAAGUACUGGAAGACUGGGAAGACUCUGUAAACAUUGGGAGAAAAAGGGAAUGGUUUAAAAUAGACGAUGCCAUACAAGUGUUGCAGUGUCACAAGCCAGUGCAGGCCACCUACUUCGAGGCUCUACAAGAGAGCUGCCUGACGAGCAACGGCACUCCUCUAGUGGCCACGAUAGCUGAAGACCUCUCGCCGAGCUACAGCAUCAAUCAGAGCUCCGUCUCUGACAUCAGAUAACUAACACACAACACUGACACUCCGGAUGCUUCCGCCACCACUCUCGCUCUUAUGUUUUCAGUAUUCUUUUGUUUUUGUUUCCUCGUUUUUUUCUUCUUCUUCUUCUUCUUUUACUCUUAAAAUAGGGUUUGCCUUGCCAACCUUUUAUUAUUAUAAUUUUUUUUGAGUGCCAGAGAGGUGGCACCAACUUGACAAAGUGUUGGGUAAAUAUUCAAAAAACACUUUUGUAAAUGUAAAAUGUAAUGUCGCUCUCUACUCGAAUUUCUUCCUCCCUCCUCCCACUUCUGAAGAAUGGAUGAGAACAGUUGCAUGAAAACCCUCCUCUUCCCCUCCCCUCAAUUUUUUUCCCUUUAGUGCCCUCUGUGACUCAAGCGUGAGGUUAAAUCAAUGCAAGAACUACUUUUUACUGUUGUGAUGUAAAUACACGUAGCCUAGUGCUUAUGCUUGAGCCUUUCGAUAUUUUUUUUUUUUACGCAUCCAUUUAUAUUUUUUUUCUUCCUUGUAAGCGAGCGCGAGGGAGGGGAGCAUGUAUUUGUGUGAGUAGUGCGAGUAUGUGUUUGUUCUUUCCGAAACCACCCCCCAACAAUAAGAAGGAAACGCUUAGUUGGCUGAACGGAUGGAAUUGGUGAGAGGUCAGUUGGUUUGCAUGAGCACUGAUAUUUAUUUGUCUUACAAGUUUGGGAUCUGAUGAAUGUUCAACCUUGUAUUUGGUGUCAGUAGGUCUUUUGAGGUCUUUUCCUCCCCUUUAUGCCUGUCUUGCCAUUUUUUUUUUUUUUUUUUUUUAAUUUUUGUAAAUAUCUUAUGGGUUGACGAAAUACACACCUGGGUUUAAUUGUGCUUGUUUCCUUACCGGAGCGGUGCCUAAACAUGUGCGAACACCGACUUUACAGUGAUCGUAACCCCCCCCCAAAUGCUUGGAAAGCCAGAACUUAUUGGAAGAAAGCAGGGUACACCAGCAGGAUGUAAUGGUUUUCGUUCACCGCUUGCAUCCAUUCAUGCUGGAACAUGUAUUGUUGAGAGCGAGUCCUACAGGUCCAGUAAUUUCAAAUCAGUGAUGAUUACAGAGAUGAUUUUUUGUGUUUGUUUUUUUUUAAGUAUUUAACCAAACCGCCACUCAGAACCACUUAAAUCAGAACGUGUGACAGGGUUAUAGAGUGAGGAGGUGACAUCAGUGAACUUAACUGGACAGUUUCUUGGAAAAGAACCCAAUAGGCGCAUAUCGAGUGGAUUCCGUUUUUCCGCUUUUUUAAUUUAUUAGUGUCUCCUGUUACGGAGCUGUUUUUUGGACCUUGUAGGCGAGGCCAGAGUAACAAACUAAUGUUUUUCCCCCCUAUCCACCAUCUGGUACCAAAUAAUUUUGCAUAUAUAAAUGUGGGCGAACAUUUUACAUUGUUAGACAAAAAAAAAACGGUCUCGACAUCGAUCAAUUUUUGAAAACAAUACAGUAAAUGAAUUCGAAUCGAGGAAUUAUAAUGUGAAACGUCACUUGCAGCAUUUUAACACAAGUCUCUUCGUUGUCGGUUCAGAUCAUUGUUCACGUUUAUGCUGGUGCGGAAAGAACUGUAGUUCUCUGGGCUACAUUUGACACUUUGUCCAUUUCAGCAUGAGGCACAGCCAUCAAACAGCGCGUGACCUUUACUGUGUGGCAAAAUCAGUCUCGGCUAGCGAGGUUUUAGAAAGCUCUAGGUAGAUUAACCCCAUUUUCUGCCUGGUUUCAUAAAACUGGGUGCUUACCUGAUGUGAUCUUUACAGACAGCUAAGGCAAAAUAGCCUAAGUAAGUUCUUUCCCGUUUUCUUUGAGGAAUGUAUUUGUUUUUUUGGGCUUUUUCCGAAUUAUUUGCCAGAAUUCUCAGACACCCAAACCACCUGACAUAUACCCCAGAAAUGACCACAAGAUUAAAAAAAUCUACACAUUUCACAUUUAAAACAUUAAAGGCACUUUUGAGUUUGGUUAAUAAAAAACACAUGCCUUAGCCAUCCCAUGAAUUAUGUUAAGUUGUAAAAAAAUAAAAAUAAUAAUAAUAAAUAAGCUCAUGCCAACUGCAUGAAGGCUAAUAUGGCCUCAUCAGGUACCAUCCUGAUUUGGAGAUGGUGGUAUUUAUGUAUAGCACUCCAUUCCCGCUUAAACAGAUCGAUGUCGCGCUGUCAAAAACAAACAAGCAGCGCUAAACAAGCCUCGUAUAAAGGAGACCUUGUUUCGAAAUGUAAGAAUUGUGGACUGUAAACCCCCUCCCCCCUUUUUAUUCCUCUUUUCCUCUUUGUAUAGUAAGUUGUCUUAGCCAGGCUGCUUACUGCCCUUCUGAUGGCAUGCAGCAGUUGGCACAAUACUGUGAAUCUGGAGCCACUGUAGUUAGCCACUUUUUAUUUUACUUUCUGUAAAGAGUAAAUAAAAAAAAAAAAGACAACACACAGUAUGUGGUACACAUUGCGAGUUUCUGGUGAAUGGCGACAGAACUGUUAAAGCCCCCGAACAAGACGUUUGGGAAUGUAUACUUUUUGGGCUGUUUAAGUUGCUGUAGGUGCAGGUUUACGUUUCUUAUAGCCGAUCACCUCAUUUCACAAUCAUGAAUCCGAGUUGAUUCAGAGCUCAUGGAUGCAAAUUAAGCAGAUUCCAGAGCUGAUCCAAUUGCUGCUAUUAGGAUUUUUUUGGUUAAUUCCGAGCACACAAGCAAAAAAAUAAAUAAAUUCUCCUUAUGUCAGGUAACUGAACCAAUUAAGAAUUUUGCUAGAUGUGAUUAGUUUGUAUUGAUUUAUGCAACACUAAAAAAAUUACCGUUUUAGAUUAUUACUUAGUAAUAUAGAUGGGUUUAAAAUUAAUAACACGAUCUUUUUUUUACCUUUUUUUUUUGCUAGAGGCUAAAACAAACUGGAUGAGAAUCUUAUGAAUGUCCCAAAGCACAACCACUUGCGCGCGUACACACACACACCUGUUUAAGUGUUUUUUGUUUUGUUUUUAAACUGGAUCUCCUGUGCAGUAAAAAGCUGGAUCUACUUAUAGAAGGAAAAUGUGUUACCAUUUUCAAAUUGCCCAAAUCUGACUUUGGAGUCUUGUUUAGAAAAGAAAAAAAAUUGUUAAAUUCCAAACCAAGAAUUGGUAACUGCUGCAUUUUUUUUGUGCAGAACAAAUUCGACCUACAGGCUUCAUUCCCCCUAUUGCACAUUUAGUAGUGUAAUCCAUCAGACCUGGAUUAAAUUGUGCAGUGUAUAUUAUACACGUGUAUAUAUAAACCACCAGCUCUAUCUAAGAUACGUUUCACGUCACUUGUCGGCCUAUGAACGCCUGCUUCACUUAUACAGCCCAGAAAGCUGUGACGAUUUUCAGUUUAACAAACACACCUGGAACGUUUGCUUUGUGAUUUUGGGAUUGUGAAAUAUACCAGUAUGAGAAUGUAAUUUAAAUGUGCCAACAAAUAAACAUCAGUAUUUCACAUUA